CCCCUCGAAAACCCUCUCAUAUUCAUCCGCGCCGCCGCCGCCUCCGCCUCCACCCCCUCCUCGCCGAAACCCUAACCCUACUCGCCGCGGCCGCCCUCCCCCCGGCGACGCCGCCAUGUCGAACCCGAAAGGCUCCAAGAUGCUCCAGUUCGUCAACUACCGCAUGCGGGUGACGAUCCAGGACGGCCGCCAGCUCGUGGGCAAGUUCAUGGCGUUCGACCGCCACAUGAACCUCGUCCUCGGCGACUGCGAGGAGUUCCGCCGCCUCCCGCCCUCCAAGUCCUCCAAGACCACCGGCGACCGCGAGGAGCGCCGCACGCUCGGUCUCCUCCUCCUCCGCGGCGAGGAGGUCGUCUCCAUGACCGUCGAGGGACCGCCACCGCCCGACGAGUCGCGCGCCAAGGCCGCCGCAGCCGGGGGAGCCCUCGCCGGCCCGGGUGUCGGCCGCGCCGCUGGGCGCGGUGUUCCCACUGGCCCGCUCCUACAGGCCGCUCCGGGCCUCGCCGGCCCUGUUCGGGGCGUGGGUGGACCCGCCCCCGGCAUGAUGCAGCCCCAGAUCUCGCGGCCGCCGAUGCCCAACCUGUCGGCGCCGCCGGUGGCGUACCCGCAGGUUGUGCGCCCGCCGCAGGGGAUGCCUCCUCCGCCUAUGCGGCCUGGAAUGCCGCCGCAGAUGCAGAUGCAGUUCCAACGUCCGCCUGGGGCGCCGCCUGCUCCAUUCCCUGGGGCACCACCACAACAGUUCAUGAGGGGACCCCCGCCGAUGGGGCCGCCACAGAUCAGGCCCGGGAUGCCGGGUCCUCCACCUCCCGGAAUGAGGCCUGGGAUGCCUCCGCCGCCGUUCGGACAGCCGAGGCCAGGGAUGCCGCCCCCGCCACCUGGCCCGCAGCAGCCUGGACAGAACCCACCGCAGUAGCCUCUUACCUGGGUAAGCUUCUUGGAGACGCACUAUGGAAGAUUUUUCCUAUCGUGAGAAAAGAUCUUAAUUGCACCUAUGGAAGACCGUGGAAUUCCACAAAUGC